UAUUUGCAUGUUUAUUUAAGAAUCAGACCCAGCCGCUCAACCUGUUCUCCAUAAAACUCUCUCUCGUUCUCCAGCUCUCUCUCAAUCUUCUCCACUUCUGUCGAGAUAACCUCAACAUUGAUCGAAGGUUUCCGUAGUCGAGCUCAACCUAGCUAAAAGAUGUCAAAGCGGCCCGAGUUGCUAGCGCCGCCUGAGAUAUUCUAUGAUGAUGUUGAAGCUCGAAAAUACACUUCUUCUUCUCGUAUUAUGGAAAUUCAGGCCAAACUUUCAGAGAGAGCAAUAGAGCUUCUUAAUUUGCCAGAUGAUGGAGUCCCCCGAUUACUCCUAGACAUUGGUUGUGGAUCAGGACUUAGUGGAGAGACCCUAACUGAAGAUGGGCACCAGUGGAUUGGCUUAGACAUUUCACAAUCAAUGCUUAAUAUUGCAUUGGAUCGGGAGGUUGAGGGUGAUCUUUUGCUUGGUGAUAUGGGCCAGGGAUUAGGUCUUCGUCCUGGAGUUAUUGAUGGUGCCAUUAGUAUCUCUGCUGUUCAGUGGUUAUGCAAUGCUGACAAGUCCUCCCAUGAGCCAAGACGAAGGCUGAAGGCUUUCUUUGGAUCAUUAUAUAGAUGCCUUGCAAGGGGAGCAAAAGCAGCAUUUCAAAUAUAUCCCGAAAAUCAAGCCCAGAGUGAGUUGAUUGUAAAAUCCGCUAUGCUUGCUGGGUUUUCUGGUGGUGUGGUUGUUGACUAUCCACACAGUUCCAAGAGCAAGAAAGAAUUCCUUGUUCUCACUUGUGGACCACCAUCCUUAGACACAGCCCUUCCCAAGGGAAAAGGUGAAAACGGAGAAAUUUGCUCUGAUGAUGAUGGAGAAAAUGGGACAGUUUUCGUUGCAGACAGAAAUAGACCUAGGAAGAGGCAAAAAGUAACCACGGAGGGGAAGGGUAGAAAAUGGAUACUGAGGAAAAAGGAUCAAAUGAGAAGCAAAGGAAAUAUUGUGCCUCCAGACACAAAAUACACUGGUCGAAAAAGGAAGGAUAAAUUUUGAAAGUAUUAAGUAAUGGAAAAUUUUCUAGCGAAAACCUAAAAUUAUUGUUUUGUUUAGGUGUUAUUUACUUUUGGAGGGUAUUAGGAAGAUAGCAAGGAAUGCAAAAUUUUGUUUUCCAAUAUUAUUUUGUUUGCAUGUAAAAAAUAUUCAACCUUGAUUGCAUAGGGCCUUCAAAUUGGCUUUUAUUAGAAGUUUCCCAUAUUUCUUA